GGUAAAUUAAUUGUGUCCAGUGCCUGUGAGUUAGGCCGGGUGUUUCAGAGAGAGACUGUUAAAAUAGCUAUAGAUACAAAAGGCAACAUAAUACAUUCAAGUUUGAAGUAUGUGAAAAUGGGGACCAUGUCUUCUAGGGAAGAAGAGAUUUUCAACAACGCUAGGGAAGAAGAGAUUUUCAACAACGCUAGGGAAGAAGAGAUUUUCAACAACGCUAGGGAAGAAGAGAUUUUCAACAACGCUAGGGAAGAAGAGAUUUUCAACAACGAUUUAGAUGACAACCACAUAGACACUAUGCAGGAAGAUAUCGAAGAAGAUGAAUUCAUGGCAGGUUUUGCAAAUUUGUUUAUUGAAACAAACUCUUCAAAUGAAAAGGAAGAAAAUAAAAUGGACAUAUGUUUUGGGUUUUCAGACGAAUUUUUUACUGACAACAUGGAACAAGAAAAUGAUUUAGGACAGGUUGCAGCGUGUGCAUUGAAAAAUAAACAAACAAACGUUAUAAACGAUUCGGACUCGGAUUCUGAUAUUAAGUUUAAUUUAUUUGGUGAUAGUGACGACGACGAUGACCGUCCAACUUUAGUCAGUAACAUCAAAACAUUACCCGGAAGUAUCUUAACAAAUUCUGAUAAACAUUAUGGGUCACAAGGUUCGGAAACGAAACCGAAAGUGAACACUAGAAGCACAAUGUUUCCGCAAAGUUCUGGUUUGAAUCAAGUUAAUAAGGGAAUAUUGGGACUUUCGUUAAGUGAUUCUCAACUUACGAAACCGGAGUAUACCGGUCCAAAACCAGAGGACGACGACUUUUGCAGCAUAUGUAGAGAUUCUCACACAAAUCCGAAAACUUUGAAAAAAUGCUCGCAUAGUUUUUGUACUGAUUGUAUAGACGAAUAUUUUAAAAUCAAACCAGAAUGUCCGAAUUGUUUCGUUGCCUAUGGAGUUAUAAAGGGUAACCAGCCUGAGGGGUAUAUGAGUGACAGUAUAUCAAAAGUAAAACUUCCUGGAUACGAACAGUAUAAUACUAUUGUUGUAUCAUACGGUUUCUCCGAUGGAACUCAAACUAGUGAACAUCCGAAUCCGGGACAGCAGUAUCACGGUACCAGUCGUACAGCCUAUCUCCCAAACUGUCCCGAGGGUCAAAAAGUUCUGAAGUUACUAAAAGCAUCUUUCAAAAGACGUCUGACAUUUACAAUUGGAAGGUCAAGGACAACUGGUUGUGAUAAUGUAGUCACGUGGAAUGAUAUACACCAUAAAACAUCGACAAGUGGUGGCCAGGAAAAUUUCGGCUAUCCAGAUCCGACAUAUUUGACUCGAGUACAACAAGAACUAGCAGCAAAAGGUGUUACAGAAGAAAGUGUUGAUGAAAAUCCGUAAUGUGUGUUUAGUUGUAACUUUAUCUGUGAUACACAAGGUAAAUGCCCUAUAAUGACUGUUUGAAGUUUCAGCAAUAAGUUACAAGUAUAAUGUUUUAAUCUGACUGUUCUGUUGACAUGCUCCGAUGUUUUCUGACGUCCAUAAUGACAAAAAUGUAUCCAAAUAUCAGGUACAUAUUAGAGAGUGAAAUGGCAGAAACAUUCCGGCUUUCAUUAUGGGCCAUUUACCUUAUACUGGUCAAUUAAGUGUAGUUACAUUUAUGCAGAAUGAUGUUUACAAUAGGCUUGCUAAUAUGUGUAAAUUUAUGUUUAGAAUUAUCCACAUUUACCACAUUAUUAUGACCUAGUACAUAUAAUCCAGCUAAAUUGACCGGCAAAAGUUACUAACCGGCUAUCGCCUCGGUCAAUAUGACAUUAACAGGUGUAUAUCGCAUCAUAUUCAGUGGCUCACUAGUCAAACACUGUUUAAUAUUCUAUGCAUUAUAACCACUGGGAUUAAUGUAAGCAUACUUUAUAAUGUCACGUGCUCACUGCUGAUGUGUUAUAAUCUUUAUUCUGCUGAAUUUCUUAAAUUGUCUUGUCGGUUCUUACAACCUGGACAAACUUCAUAAUUAUUAGAGAAAAUAUUAUAACGAGUACUGGACUGAAUAACAAACAGUGUACUAGCAAAAUACGAGUAAUUAUAGUUUUAUAAAAACAAUGAAAAUAAAACCAGCAUCAUUUCAUCCGGAUCCUGAUCUUUUCUUAAUGGACACGUGACCGGUUCUAACCAUAACACACUUCGAGAUCGCAGAAUAGAUGACAAAGUGACAUUAUGCUCAUUUUUUUUCACUGUUGAUCAAACUGAGUUGAAUUAGUAUAUAUUACAAAAGAUUGAUUUUUAUUAUAGUGAUUGACCAAUAAUUGAUAAUUGGUUUUAAGAACUGAACAGUACCAAUUCAUGCUGAACGCUAUUUAUAGAAAUGUCUGUUAGUCACUGUAUUAUUGAUCAUUCUUAUAAUGAAAUAUGAAUUUGAAUACAAUUAUAGUAAAAUGUCUAGUUAUUUCGACUUUUACCUGCUCAUUGACUAUAUACUUUUGCAUUGGCAUAAUGUUAAUGGCUUUAAUAAACUAUCUUUAAAAAAGAAUAAACUCUUAAGCAAACAGAUACCGAAAAGAGCUUUGUCAUUGUUAGCAUUCAUAUUAGAUUGCAAAAUGCUCGUGAUAAUGUUAAAUAAACAUAUUUUGGUAAGCUUUUCGUUUUAUUUAUUUCAUAGUUUAUAUGUGUGUUAUAUUUUUGUAUUUUUGAGAUACUUAUAAACGUUUAUAUUAAUAAGCAUUGAAUGUAGUCAAUGUACAUAUAAAGUAAUGUUUCCGACGAUUAGUUUUAUGUCUACAGGAAUUAUUUAGUAUGCGGCUUAUUUUUGAAUUAUCUCCCUUAUUCCAUGUUUUUUUAAAUUUUAAAUCUUAUCUGCUUUUUAACGCUGUCAGAAGUCAGUGACUUAGUCAAUCAUGGUAACAUAGAUACAAUGGAGCGUAUUUUGAAGACAGUAGAUGACAAACACGUUAUAUAGUAAAAAUUACGAAGAUUUUAUGGAGAACGAAUACUUGUUUACAAACAUUUUGUUAUUAGAAUAUGUAUGAUGUUUUAGUGACAUUAUAUGCAUUUAUUAGAAAAUACAGGGGAGUAUAAUUCAAUGUAAAAUGGCUGACAAUCCGCAACUUGUAAUUAAAAACAGUCACUAAUGGGGUCACUUUAGAACGACAUAAUAAAUAAACGGAUUACGAGUAAGUUUUUGUUUGCAGUAUUUAAUUUCAUUUAUGUUAUUGUUCGGUCAUUUUCAUAGCAUGAUAUUGUAUCACAUGCGUUGCAUCAGUAUUGUAGAUUACGUGAAAUAUGCUAAUCAAAAUACAUGAUAAUAUUAACUUAUUAAUAUUU